AUGUCAAUGCGAAGAACAAGACGAUUUAGUGAAAUGCCACAGCUGGAAAAUAAAAGCGCUUCUUUUCGAAUGGACGACUCUAAUCUUAAAGUACUAAGUAAAUCUAAACUUGGUCGUUCAGCUCCUGCUCUAUUGACUACUACAUGCAAUCUACAUCAUCAUCGUUCAAUUACAAGGAGAGGAAAUCGAUUUGUACCUAAAGCCAAUGUCAUUGGAGUGCCAACUGCUCAAUUCCGUUCAAGAUCCCGAUCUAUAUCACCUUCGUCUGGUUUUAGUCCAAUUAGCAGUCCGCGAUCUUCACCUCGAAAUACGCCUGGCCAAUGCCCACUAUCUGAGUCAUGGACAUCCCGUCGUUGGUCUUUAGCUUCAUUUUCUUCCGGUUAUAGCAGCAAUGCUGCUCGAUCGCCUGUUCAUUCGCCAGUACAGAACAAGCUACAUCAGUUACCGUCACAACCAACAUCAUUUGACUUGGCUUUCUUAAGCAGUCAAUUUGGUUGGGAUAGUGAAGAAGAAUAUCCUGCUACCAGACAUCGUUCGAGAAGUUUAAGCCCUUUCAGAAGUAGAAUAGAUGAUAAAAGAAUACUUAUGGAAGUAUAUAAAGAGAGAUUUCCUAAAGCAAAAGAACAAAUGGAAGAAAAAUUAAAGAUCAUACUGAAAGAAAUGCCUGAAGAUGAUAACCUCGCUGACGGUAUACUAAACUUUUUAUAUCAUCAGCUUGUCGAAUUAAUACGCGAAUUGCUAAAAACCUCCCGAGAAGGUACUGUCAAUCAUGACUACUUUCUCGAAUUAUCUGAAAAAUUGGCAAAAUUAUUGGAAGAGGCGCAUAGUAAAACUGAUCGCGAUGUUACACCUGUCACUGACAUGAUUCGAAAACUAUUAGUAAUUGUAUCAAGACCGGCUAGACUACUAGAGUGCUUGGAAUUCGACGAAAAUGAGUUUUAUGAUUCAAUCGACGCUAAUCGAGAAAAAGAUUUAAUAACUAGUCUUAAAAGUGAUGUGCCUCGUUACGUUAUCAGCCAACUUGGCUUGACAACAAUCGAUGGAGUAGCUGAAAAUUUAGAAUCUAAACAGAGAGAGAUCUACAAUCCUUUUAAAGAUGAAGCCCCUAGUGAACACGAUUUUAAGCCGAUUAAGCUAAUUAGUAGAGGAGCGUAUGGAUCGGUAUUUCUGGUACGACAUCGAAAUACUGGUCAACGUUUUGCGAUGAAGAAAAUAAGUAAACAAGGCAUGUUACUACGGAAUCAGGUUAAACAAGUUUUUAAUGAACGAGACAUUCUAACUUUUGUGGACAACCCUUUUAUUGUUAGUAUGUGGUGUAGCUUUCAAACGAGAAAACACUUAUGCAUGGUAAUGGAAUAUUGUGAAGGCGGUGAUUGUGCCACACUACUCAAACAUAUUGGACCACUUCCCCUUGAAAUGGCAAAAAUGUACUUUGCUGAAACGAUUUUGGGUAUCGAGUAUAUCCAUAGCUACGGAAUUGUGCAUAGAGAUUUAAAGCCUGAAAACCUAUUGAUUACGUCAUUGGGGCAUAUCAAAUUGACCGAUUUUGGAUUAUCUAAAGUUGGCCUGAUGAAUCUUACGACGUCGGCAUAUGAAUACGCUAUCGAGCAAGAUACCCAAAUAUUUCAAGAUAAACAAAUUUAUGGUACACCGGAGUAUAUUGCACCAGAAGUAAUUCUACGCCAAGGAUACGGUAAACCGACAGAUUGGUGGUCAAUGGGCAUUAUACUGUAUGAAUUUUUAGUUGGAUGUCCACCUUUCUAUGGUGAAUCAGUCGAAGAAUUAUUCGAGCAAGUUUCGAAUGGAGAUGAAAUUGAAUGGCCCGAAGAAGAAGAUGCUGUCCCUGAAGAUGCUAAAGAUUUAAUUACAAGAUUAUUGCAACAAGAUCCUGCUACGCGUCUUGGUACUACCACAGACUCUACUGAGGUCAAAGAACACGAGCUAUUUCAAGAUAUUGACUGGGCAUCAUUACUACGCCAGAAAGUAGAAUUUGUUCCAGAGCUAGAUAACGAAGAAGAUACUAGCUACUUUGAUCCACGAACUGAUCGUUACUGCCGUACUCACAGCGAUGAAGAAUCUGAUGAAAAUUAUGACUCUGAUACAAGUGAUUUAUCAUUCGUCAACUUUUCUAGCUGUUCGAGACGCUAUCAUGCUUUGGAAAAUUCGAAUCCUACUUCUAGGCAUCAUUCGCUUACUGGUAGCAAUGAUGGAUCGACAAGCCCUCUCUUAUCACCUGAAAUAUCGGAGAUUCCAGAAGAUAAAAAUGAUGAUACUGAUAAAGAACCAAAAAAUAUCAGUUUAUUGUUAAGUGAAACUCCUGAAAACGAGAACAAUCAGCCAAUAAAACUUAAUAUAUCGGAAUCUAGUGUUAGAAAGCUACGUAAAAAUCUGGAAGUACCCAAAAAUCCUGAAAUCUAUGUUGAAAAUGAAAGUGAUUAUUGUGAGGAAGACCCUUUUACUGAAAGCAGAGGUUUUAUUACCGAUUCACCAACGAGCCCACUUAGUUCACGCGGUAGUCCUUGCACUAGCCCGACUAGUUCGCUUCCGCCGAUUGUACUUUACAAAGGGCCACGCGGAUUCGGAUUUACAAUUAGAUCAAUACGCGUAUACAUUGGAGACACAAAUAUGUAUACCGUUCAACAUCUUGUAAAUUCUGUGGAUGAAAAAAGCACAGCAAGUCAAGCUGGGCUUAAAGAGGGUGAUCUUAUUACGCAUGUCAAUGGCGAGCCGAUUCAAGGCCUAAUACAUCCGCAAGUAGUAGCUUUAAUUGGUAAAGGUGGAAAAUGCAUUUCAAUUAAUGUAACUCAGUUGGAAAAGACAUGCAUAAAUAAGUGUGAUCGAAGACGGCCAUUAUCAUUUUUACAAUUUGUUAAAAGCAAGGAUACCGCGGCUAAAAGUAAGAAGUCUAACAGUUUUUGGAGGAGAGGCUCCCUUAGAAAAUCAAGUUUGUUUAAAAAAGUACGAGGUAGACGCGAGAAACACAAAGCUCCACAGAUGCAGUCAUCUCCUCCAGAAACCUCUUCACCAAUUAAUUCACAAUCACCCUCACCAAAUCAAUCCCCUCACUUGCGCCCUCAUACCUUUCAAGGCUUAAUGCCUAGACUCAGACGUCGUAAAUCGAAUUCAACCUCACCCAUAUCACCACUUGUUAGAUCAGAUGCUCAUGUUGAACAUAGUUAUGAGUCUCCAACAGCUCCAUCUACAAGCAAGUCAUUCUUAUCUAUGCUAUGGCCAAAGCCUAAGCUAUUACAUACGGAAGGUAGCUCAUCAGGCAGCUCUCCUCUUCUUCGACGAGCGCUGUCUCCUCCAGAAUUGAAAGAUAAAAAAAGUAAGCGAGGACAAAAGAAAAUUCCGCUAGAAAAGCGUCUCAGUGAUACUGGUGAUGAGAAUAAUAAUACUGUUCCUGAAUUAAAUACUCCGAGUGACGAUAAAUUGCCAAAAUCGUCAUUACCCGCUAGAUUGAGAAGACAAUUGGAUCGAAAAGGUUCUUGGCAUGGAACUGAAUUGCAUCACUUACAGUGA